AUGCCUUCAUCAAUUGGUUCAGCAAAGAUGUUCCAUACAUUUCAAGGACUGGCGCCACCCCGCCAAACUUUAAGCUCCGAGCAAACAAUCCAAGACACCCCAAAAGCGACAACGAAUGGAGUGACGAAGAGAAUUACAACACCACAUGCAUGUGCAGAAUGUAAACGUCGUGCGACUUCAAUUAAAGCUGCGCUUUUGGUUAUGCUUAAGGUAGCACCAAGACUCCGAUCUCUGCUAGCGCCUUCAAACAACAAGCAUAUUCCAGCAAGCAGCAACUAUCCUACGCCGGGACCAGGAAAUUCUGUCAAAGAAUUACACGCAGUCUCAUGGUCAUCCGAUGGCCAGACACUCAUUGAUGCAUAUUUUAAUAGAGUACAAAUAUUUGUACCGAUGCUUGAUGAACCCGCCUUCAGAGCCGACUUUUUGAAAGGGCGACGUCAAGAUGCACCGUGGCUUGCAUUGCUGAAUAUGGUAUUUGCAAUGGGAAGUAUUGUCGCGAACAAAUCAGACGACCAUAAUCAUAUCGAUUAUUAUAACCAGGCGAAAGACCAUUUAGGAAUUGAUUCUUUUGGCAGUGGCCAUUUGGAAACUUUACAAGCCUUAUCAUUGAUGGGAGGGUAUUAUCUUCACUAUAUCAAUCGUCCAAAUAUGGCAAAUGCUAUCUGUGGAGCUGCCUUAAGAAUGGCUUGCGCAAUGGGUUUACAUCGAGAAAUCGCCACGCAAAUUCAGGAUGCCCUCGCUCAAACGCCACUUCUCCGAAGCGAUGACCUUGCGAAUCUCGAUGCACAGCUCGUAGAAUGGUAUGAAAAUCUUCCUUGGAUCUUACGCUCUACAGAACCUUGUCCCGAGUCCAUGUACACCGCUCGAUGUGUCAUGAAAUGGAGAUAUCAGAAUCUUCGCAUCGUGCUUUACAGGCCUGUUCUUCUGAACCUCGCUAAUCGAGGUAACCAAGGAAUUGCAUCGAGUAAGGAAGAAAUUGCCGCCAUCCGAACAUGUCGUACCAUUGCCCGAGAGACCAUCGAACAAAUAUCACGUGAAUGGAGUCCAAACCAAAUGCUGGGAUGGAAUGGCGUGUGGUUCAUGUAUCAAGCAUCCAUGAUACCACUUGUCAGUAUAUUCUGGGAAUCAUGGAAUACGAAUCUCGUUCGAGAUUGGCAAUCACAGAUCGAGGUUGUGCUUGAAGCUUUUGAUGGCAUGGCUGAUUGGUCGUUGGCUGCAAGACGAAGUAGGGAAGUCGUGAGCAAGAUGUAUGAAGCUAGCAAACGACCCCUAACGAGACAUCCAAGUCCGGGGCUCAGCCAGAUUUCGGAAGAUAUGAAUCGAAUGGGUGGUAUAGAUGGGAGACAUUACAUGGAUAGUGAGAUGUUACAGCAGGUUGAGAUUAUGGGUGAGGAACAAUUAAUGAUGCUUGAUAAUGGGGGAAUAUGGGAUUUAGAUGGCAUGUUAUGGGGAAACUUGCCAGAUGGCUUGGAUAUGCCAUAUGAUGGCUUACCCAUGCAAUAUGAUGAUUCUGCGAUGGGUCAAUUCGGAACGCCAUAUAUUAUUCAUCAAUGA